GUUGUUUAUUCGAUUUUAUUACUGAUUGAAUUAAAAAUAAUUAAUGAAAUUCUGUUAACUUUACAUACUUUUUGAAAGUCUUCAGAGAAAUGUAUACAGAAGUGGAUGUAUUUGUUGGUAAUUACACCCUCAUAGAUCCGGAGAUUUAUCAAUUGUGGAUCGAGGGAUGCUCAUCCAGCGAAGCUGUGUCAACUCUGCAUCAACGCAAUAUCGCUAAACAGACUGGAGCUUCUGUGGAGCUGAUAGCCAGCGAUGUUCUCGAUCACUACAGAACUUUUGCACUUCUGGAGCGCCUACUGACUGUACCUUCGAAGCUGUCUGAACAAAUGAUCUUCCAAAUAGACGAACCAACAAAGCAGAUGCUCAUCGAGAAGUACUAUGACUUGGACCACAAUGUGAUAAGAGAGUUGCUGGGGCGGAAGUUGUCCUCAAGACACAGGAAAGAUUUGGACGAGGUAGCGGACCGUUCAGGCGCCCCGCUCCGUUGCUGCCGGCGUCAGUUCGACAACGUGCGGCGCGUGUUCAAGGCGGUCGAGGAGAUGCCGGGGAACGUCGUCACCAACGUGCGGAACACCUUCCUGCUCUCCGACCCGUUAGCCAAGAAGUAUGGCGCGGUAGUGUUCAUUGCGUGCAUGAGGUUCGAGACAGCUAAAAGAAAGUUGCAGUAUUUGACAUUCAACGAUUUCUACCAUUGCGCUCAGGCCAUAAUGGCGAGCUGGACGUACAGCUGCACGGGCCCGGAGUACUACGACACGGAGAUGGACCGCGAGUUCCUGCUCGAGUUGAGGGAGCUCAGGAUACUGCUGGACAAGGAGAAGGAGCAUAAACAUUUGAUAUGUAUGCGUUUAAAGCCGAAACUUUUGGAGAAAUCUUAUCAAGAAUUGGAGCUGAAUUUCAGAUUAUACACCCGAGCUUUGGUCGGUCUCGCUUGCAAUCUGCACAGAGGCAGAGAGCUGAGGUCAUUGUUCAUUGACUUGCUGGAGAGAUGCGUAGAACCCUUACGUAUGGGCAGUUGGCCCAAAACUGACUUAGCACAAUUUCUAUGCGCUUACGAGCAAUGCGCGUUACAAAUGGACGUUUUAAGGGAGGCGGAUCUAAAAAGCGUAUGGGAAAGAUAUAUGAGAGUUAUAAGUCAAUGUCUCCUGACCAUGUACCACGCGUAGAGGUUCAUAAACGCCCAGAUUGUACAGAUGCAUUGUGUAGCUUUUGUCUCCGAUUUCGCGAU